AUGAAAAUAUUUGCAAUUACCAACAACCAAACCCUAGUUUUGUUUACGUCCGAUCUCCUUCUUCUUCCCUUUUUCUUUUCUCCCAAACGUUCCCUUUUUUUUUUUUUUCCUUUAAUCAAGAACCAAAAAGCAUCCUAAUAAUCUCGAUGAAUUAACUCCAUAUAUCUCGAAACCCUAAUCACGAAUUAGCUACUAAAAGAAAAGAAGGAUGAGCAGUAGUGGAAACCCUAGCAGCAGCGGUGGAGGAGGAGGACCUUGCGGCGCGUGCAAGUUCUUGAGACGCAAGUGCGUCGCUGGCUGCAUCUUCGCGCCUUACUUCGACUCAGAGCAAGGGGCGGCGCACUUCGCGGCGGUUCACAAGGUGUUCGGAGCGAGCAACGUCUCCAAACUCCUCCUCCAUAUUCCCGAGCAUAAACGACCAGACGCCGUCGUUUCAAUCUGUUUCGAGGCUCAGGCUCGUCUCAGAGACCCUAUUUACGGCUGCGUCUCUCACAUCGUCUCUCUUCAGCAACAGGUGGUAAGUUUGCAAACUGAGCUUUCAUAUCUACAAGCACACUUAGCAACUCUAGAGCUGCCACAACCAAUGGCUCCGGUGUCGUCUUCUGGAUCUCUCCAGGCUCUUUCCAUAACGGACCUCCCGACGAUAUCGCCGUCCCUCUACGAUCUCUCCUCCUUUUUCGAGCCGGUCAUGUCCUCCACGUGGGCAAUGCAGCAACAACCACGACCGUCUGAUCAUGUCUUCGGCGUCCCGUCAUCGUCCAGCAUCAUCGGCGGAGGUGGUGAGCUCCAAGCACUGGCCCGUGAGUUUAUUCAAGGUGGACAAAUGCCAGCUCAGCCAUCGCUGGGAACCGGUGGUUCUGCCUCAACAGUGAUAAAACGAGAAUGAUGUUAUUUUUACAAAUGUUUGUUUAUUUGGACGUUAAUUAAGAGAUCUAUAGUUAGCUAGCCAUACGUUUCUCCUUGUAAUAUAUUUAUAUAUUUGUUCGAAUUCGUAUUUAAAUUUGUUGGCUAAAAUGUUAAUAUAAAAACUAUGGUAUUAGCAAUA